AUGGUCUGGGACAAUUGGAUCGAGAUGAAUUCAUACUUCAUGCGGUAUCACGAAGUCAAGAAGGUCAAGCUGGAAAAGGACCUCGAUGGCCGGCCAUGUGAGAACCCCAACGGAGGCUAUGCCACAUCCCUUCUCGUUCAGGAUGAUCUGGUCCUGGUGAUCGAGAAUGAAGAAAGCCCUAUCGAGCGCAGGACCGUCGACCAUAUUAAGGAGCUAGAUGGCCCAUAUCAUCUCGACGCAGCAGCUGUCUGUCUGCCCGGUUCGGCCAUUCCCGGUGAAAUGCAGCGUGUCCAGCGACACGCUGCAUUUCGAGGCUGGCGUGUGCCUCACUACGUCGUAAAGUUGCAAAAGUCCAUGAUCCGGUUUCUCAAGGCGUUGACGCCCGAGCGGCCCGUCGAGCGAAAUAACUUCUUCAUCCAGCUCGAUGAUGGCCACCACUGGUCUCACCGCAUGGGCUACGGCACAGCCGGGGUUGACCGCCAACGAGAUCCAUUUUCGAUCCGAGCGACGGACCUCACGACAUCUACCCCGUUCGAGGGCCACGUUACGGUCCGCACCUAUUUCGAGCCGAUCAGCAAGAUCGUGAAAGCCUUUUCAUCUCACGACGCUUGGCCGAGAUGA